CAAAAUGGCGGCCGAGGCUAUGGAGACAUGGUGCGCCUUGCUGCUUGUGGCACUGCUUCCCGUGGGCCGGUCCUUCUAUGUCCCCGGUGUCGCGCCUCAGGACUUCCAUGAGGGCGCUCAAGUAGAAAUUAAGGCGGUGAAGCUGACCAGCUCCCGUACACAGCUUCCAUAUGAAUACUAUUCCCUGCCUUUCUGUAAGCCUGGCUCUGUCUUAUACAAGGCAGAAAACUUGGGUGAGGUUUUGCGUGGAGAUCGCAUUGUGAAUACGCUCUACAAUGUAAAAAUGAACGAGGAUAAGAAAUGCGAGCUGAUGUGCAAAAAGAAAAAGCUCAAUGUGGAGGAGAGCAAACUGGUGGCUGAACGAAUCCAGGAGGAGUACUACGUUCACCUGAUUGCAGACAACCUUCCAGUUGCCACCAGGUUGGAGUUUUACCCCAACAGAGAAACGGGAGGAGAUGAAGAGCAGAAGAAGGUUGCAGAUAAAGACGUUCAGUUUGAACAUGGCUACAGACUUGGCUUCGUUGACAACAACAAGUUUUAUCUGCACAACCACCUGUCCUUCAUCCUGUACUUCCACAGAGAGAAAGUAGAAGAGGGAGAGACUCACAACUACAGAGUGGUGCGUUUUGAGGUUGUACCUCAAAGUGUUAAAGUGGAAGAUCUAAAGGCCGUUGAAACAGAUAAAACCUGCACACUGCCUGAAGCCAGUGGUUCUGCCCCCCAAGAGGUUGACCCAACCAAAGAAAACGAGAUUCUUUUCACAUAUUCUGUCACCUGGAAGGAGAGUGAGGUGAAGUGGGCCUCUCGCUGGGACACAUACCUGACCAUGAGCGACGUCCAGAUUCACUGGUUCUCCAUCGUCAACUCUGUGGUGGUCGUCUUCUUCCUCUCUGGGAUUUUGAGUAUGAUCAUCAUUAGAACCUUGCGGAAGGACAUUGCCAACUACAACAGAGAGGACGACAUUGAAGACACGAUGGAGGAGUCAGGAUGGAAGAACGUCCAUGGCGAUGUCUUCAGACCGCCGCAGUAUCCCAUGAUCCUCAGCUCCCUGCUGGGCUCAGGGAUCCAGCUUUUCUGCAUGAUCCUCAUUGUCAUCUUUGUUGCCAUGCUAGGCAUGUUGUCUCCAUCCAGCAGAGGAGCCUUGAUGACUACUUCAUGUUUCCUCUUCAUGUUUAUGGGUGUGUUUGGGGGUUAUUUUGCUGGCAGACUGUACCGCACACUGAAGGGCCAUCGGUGGAGGAAAGGAGCAUUUUGUACGGGCACUUUGUAUCCCGGAGCGGUGUUUGGAAUCUGCUUCGUUCUGAACUGUUUCAUUUGGGGGGAGCACUCCUCGGGAGCAGUUCCCUUCACCACCAUGCUGGCCCUGCUGUGCAUGUGGUUCGGCAUCUCCAUGCCUUUGGUCUACCUGGGUUACUACUUUGGUUUCCGUAAGCAGCCUUAUGAUAACCCGGUGCGCACCAACCAGAUUCCCCGCCAGGUCCCGGAGCAGCGCUGGUACAUGAACAAGUUUGUGGGAAUCCUCAUGGCUGGGAUCUUACCGUUUGGCGCCAUGUUCAUAGAACUUUUCUUCAUAUUCAGUGCCAUCUGGGAGAACCAGUUUUACUACCUCUUUGGCUUUCUGUUCCUGGUUUUCAUCAUCCUGGUGGUGUCCUGCUCUCAGAUCAGCAUUGUGAUGGUCUAUUUCCAGCUGUGUGCAGAGGACUACCGGUGGUGGUGGAGAACGUUCCUGGUGUCAGGAGGCUCUGCUUUCUACGUCCUGAUUUACGCCGUCUUCUACUUUGUCAAUAAGCUGGACAUUGUGGAGUUCAUCCCCUCCCUGCUGUACUUUGGUUACACCACCCUCAUGGUGUUGUCCUUCUGGCUGCUAACGGGGACAAUCGGUUUCUACGCAGCCUACAUGUUCAUCAGGAAAAUCUACGCCGCGGUCAAGAUCGACUGAUUCCCCGGAGCUGCUGCUGUCCUCCUAGUUCUUGGUUUAUUUUUCAGAAUUUUUUUUAAUACGUUUGUUUUUAAAUUUUUUUUUUUGUUCAACAAGCUCUGACUUGUGUGCAGAAGGAACAGGGGUUUAUAAAUAUGAUGCAGCAACCCCAUCUGCUGGCCACAUGGUGGAAUAACAGCCAAACAGCUGUGUGCAGCUUGCUGUUUUCCCCGUCCCUCCCUCCUGUCCUCCGUGUCGGGACAGAGACCUGGACGGCGGCGUCCUCUACUGGGAAUGUUGCUGUCUCCUGUCACCUCGCCCUGCACACACACACAGCGGGCCAAAGCUUGUCAGAUAAAUUUCUGCACAAUUUUUUUUCCAAUGUUUCCAACGUAAAGUUUUCAUUUUGGCCAUUAUUAUAUUUUUUUGUUGUUGUUUUCUUUUCUUUUUUUCUUCUCUUUUAAUUGUCUCCUUGGAUGCCAUUUUCUUGUGUUUUCUUCACACCGAUCACGUCUGACUCUUGACUGAUUCUGCUGUCACGGGGAGACUUUAAGUUUCGGUUCAGAGACUUUCUGGAUCUGGGUUUUGGUGUUUGACUUGAUGGGGAAUUAUGCUGGUCUCUUUUAUAUUGUAAUACAAGAAAAUAUCCCACGACUUUUUUUUUUAAUGAGUUUGCCGUGUCCCCGUUGGAACCAAGUUACCCACAGUCCGUCUCGGCGUACCAGUUCGUUUAUUCUAAACGUUUCAGAACCUCUUCUGAUUGGACGUAAAUAUUUGGAGCAAACGGCGGUGGCAACGCGACACAGGCGGGACGAACGGCACGAAGGAGGAGACCGCUUGAACGCAGAACGUACUGAUGCAUCUUCAACAGUGCAGCCUUAGCAGUCCCAGAGAACUAUGCAGUAAUGGAAAGAGUGUUUAAAGCUAAUAUCCAAGGGCCAUAUUUGUUUAGAAGGAGAAAAAUAAUCACAUUAGUUUACAUCUAAAGUUUGAUCAGAUCAGAUCUGCAUCAUUAGCCGCAGCUGUAAAUGUUUUCACACAUCAGUGCUGAACAUUUUCAGGAGAUCUUUGGUUCUGGAAUCUUGUCUGAUAAAGUGUUCUGAAACCCAGCUUGUGUUAUCCGGAUCUCUCACUCCACAAUCCUCCCUGAUGGAAAAUCUUUCCGCUUGGAGCAUUUUUAAAAAAAUUUUUUACACGCUUUACAUCCCUCCACGACUUCUCCAUAAAGCUGCAGCGAAGUGUGUGAAAAUGGCUUUCAACAGAGUUUCAGCUGUCCAAUGUUCUUAAAACACACAGUCAGCUGGUGUUACAGGUCUGUGCAUUUUACACAUCAACUUACUUUCUCCCCUGACACUUUAGCUGAAAAACUAACUUUAAAAAUGGUGACAUUAAGGGCUUCCCAAAGAUGAUCCGUCGUAGCAAAAACAUUGAGAUGUGUACAGUUUUGCUCAGUGGCUACAGGAGAAAGUUGAGUGAUUCAUUUAGAGUUUAAAAUCUAUUCCCUUCCUUCACAUCUGACAUGUUAUUGGUGUGAAUAAUACAGAUUAAUUUAUAAUUAGCACUAAAGCUAUGAAUUUCUUUGUGCCUGUGGUGAGUGAACGGCUCCAGCAGCUUCUAUGAAUAACUGGAUAUGUUUUCAGAUUUCCUGAAAUCCCACAAAAUCUUUAUUCCGGGCUCAUCGGCACAGAAUCCAGCUAACGGACUGAAUGUUGCACAAGAGGAAAUUUUUUCAAAGUGAAAUGGAAGUGACAUGUAUUUCAUUUAUUUUGGAAUUUGAAUUAAAUGACAUAUUUCUGGGAGAGUUUUCUUCUUCACGCCCUUUUCAGUGUACUGGUACUUAAAUCUUCACUCAAUUAAACCAAGAAAGUGGAAAUGAGUCAUUUCCUGGUUCUUACUAUAAUCCCAAACUGCUACGAAGGAGCUCCCAGAGGAGAGGCGAGAUGAGCUGAGAUCAGCUGAAGUCUGGCUUGGUGAAUUCUUACAGAUUUAUUUCCAUUUGCUUGUGAAACCUUAUCAAACUUUCCGAAUCCUCUUUACUUCUGCCUGAUUUUAAGGUGGAGCCACUCGUCUCCUGCUGCUGAGGUUCACAUGCCAGGAGAGAUUUUUGUUUUUUUCAACAGACUCAAGAGGCCUGGGUUCUGUGUGUGUGAACAAAUGCACGGAUCAGGGUUCACAGUGUAAAUAAGAGCUUUGUAUUUGUUACGUUUGGCUGUUUGUGGCACUCUGUAAUGAUUCCUGUCAUUGUUUUAGCCAAAAGCAUGAUGCUCUUGAUAACUUUUAGAGCAACGUUUUUUUUUUGUUGUUUUUUACUUUCUGUUUGUUUCUUUUACAGAUUGUCUAUAUACAAAAUGUACAAUGACAAUAAAGAGACGACAAGUUGAAUAUGAA